CUGUCAUUUGCUGCAGGACCGAUGGCCCGGCUGGGGAGGCCUGAGGGGUUGGGUGGCAAGGGUGGCGUGGUGGAGCCCUGGAGCAGGGCCAGCCUUGCAGGACACUGCCGUAGGCUGAGCCUGGAGAGGCGAGUGGCUGGCCUGGCCUGCCGAGCGGCCAUCAAUUAUUGACGCCCUUUGUGUGGGACAUGAAGAAUUCAUGGGCCGGGGGCUGCCGGGGCUGGCGGGGCUGGCACACUGCCGACGGCCACCGGCGCACCCGCAGCCCUCUGCAUCGAUGCCCGGCGUGCCUGACGGCGCCCGAGUCCUGUCUAAACCAAGGGCUGCCGCGUGUGCCCGGCACCACAAGGCCAUGGACACCUUCAGCACCAAGAGUCUGGCCCUGCAGGCCCAGAAGAAGGUCCUGAGCAAGAUGGCGCCCAAGGCCGUGGUGGCCGUGCUCGUGGACGACGCCAGCAGCCAGGUGCUGGACGAGCUGUACCGGGCCACCAAGGAGUUCACGCGCAGCCGCAGGGAGGCGCAGAAGGUGGUGAAGAACCUGGUCAAGGUGGCCGUGAAGCUGGGCGUGCUGCUGCGCGCGGGGCGGCUGGGCGGCCGGGAGCUGGAGCAGCUGGGGCGCUUGCGGCAGAGGGCCCGCAGCCUGGCCAUGACGGCGCUCAGCUUCCACCAGGUGGACUUCACCUUCGACCGGCGCGUGCUGGCCGCCGGCCUGCAGGAGUGCUGCGACCUGCUGCACCAGGCCGCCGGGCCGCACCUGACCGCCAAGUCCCACGGCCGCAUCAACCACGUCUUCGGCCACGUGGCCGACUGCGACUUCCUGGCGGCCCUCUACGGCCCGGCCGAGCCCUACCGCUCCCACCUGCGCAGGAUCUGCGAGGGCCUCGGCAGGAUGCUGGACGAGGACAGCAUUUGACCCCAUGGCGCUGCCCCGCGGGGCCUCCACCUGUCCCUCCGGUGCCCUAGCAGCUCCGAGGACCCACGCUCCGUCUCCCCUGCCCGCCAGGCCCAGCUGCCUCCCCGCACAAAGCCACUGCCCACCAGGUCACCUGUUGUCCCUGUUUGUUCUGUGGCCUGGGCUGACCCCAGGCUACCCCUCCACUCCCCUCAGACCACUACGUGGAGCUCCGAAGUAGUGCGUCCCCCGUCCUGGUGGCCGGCACCCUUCACCCAGGCGGCCAUGCACGGAAGGGGUGCUCCAGGCUGAAGUCCCCCGGGUCCCCUGUGCGCCUCCCCAGGCCCCAGACUUGGGAAAGGGCGCGUUGCAGGCGGAUUCUAGCCGGAAGAGGCAGGGGGAGCAGACGGCACUGACCAGUGCUGUUUCUGCUGAGGGGAAGUGGGGACCCAGACACAGCAAGGACAUCAGGUGACCAGGAGGCAGAGCCAGGCCACACUUCAACCAAACCAGCUGUCGAGGACCACCGGCCACAGCCAGAGGCGGGACGAAGCGUCCCCCACUCGGGUGGGGCAAAACCAUCUGAGACGCGUGUCCACUGUCGGGGCUUCACUGGAAAAUCCACCAUCUUCCUUCUUGAGACCGCAGGACUGGGCGGGGCGGGGGCCAGAGCGCGUGCCCGGCAGGCAGCAGGCGCAGGGCCGUGGUUAGCACAGGAGCCCCCCACCCGCAGCUGGCUGGGUGCAGGGGUGCGGGGCGGCCCAGCCCGUGCCAGGCUCUGGCCCACAAGCCGUCUGGUGCCUCGGGAGGGACGAGUCUGGCGCUGGGGCAAAGGCCGCCCUGGGCCCUGCGAGUCCAGGAGUGGUUUGGGCUGGCCCUGCCUGGCCUGUGGGAAAUCCAGAACCUGCUGCCGCCACUGAAGCAGGAGGCGGCACCAGGGCCUAGAGCCCCACCUGGGCAACGUGCCGCCUGGGCACACUCUGCCCACCCCAGGCCAGGGCCCGGGUGCUGUCCCGAGAAGCCCUGGGCUGAGCUGGCCAGCCCGGCACGCCCAUCCCUGCUCCCCAUCCAGACCCCAUACGUGUGAAAUUCGAUUAAAACAACUCAAACAGCAUGAGCGGGACAGUGCGCCUCCUGUCUGGGACGUGCAGCCAGCGCCUCAAGCUGAGGUUGCCGUAAACGCCACGUCUGUGGCCCUGGGUGACGGGUUCCACGUCUGCUCUGCUGGUGCCACAGCUGCAGAGCACAUCUGUUCCCCCAGGCCGCGCACAGGCAGAGGGGGCCUGUGUCCUGCCGUCCACCUGCAGGAGCACGGGCGGAGCCGGAGUCCAGGAUCCAGAAGCGUCCACUCUGGAGAUGCCACAGGCUCAGGUGGACCGCGUCCAGCGGAGAGGAAGGGGCAGCCUUUCCAGGCGGUGGCCAAGGUGCCCAGGGUGCGUCCAUAGGGCUGCUUUUUAUUUGUUUUAUUUAUUUAAAUACAAAAGAACAGCCUCUC